AUGGAUAACAACGUGACCGUCAAUCAAGGAGCUACAAGGCGCACACACACUUAUACUUUCCAUCGCGAGGGUAUGGUUCAAUUGGGACAAUUGGGUGAAUUGGUCACUGGUCAUAAUGAAACAGUGUUCAGUGACAAUUAUGGCAACAUAUUAUCUCUUCUGUAUUCGCGUGUCGACGAAUGGGCCUUAUCUACUCUUCUUCAGUUCUACGACCCAGAUAUCCGUUGUUUCACAUUUUCGGAUUAUCAGCUAGCUCCCACUCUCGAAGAGUACUCUUACCUCCUCAACAUCAAGAUUCAACACAGAGUGCCUUUUGUUUGUGUCCCAGAGAAACCUAGGUUGGAUUACAUUGCCAACGCUCUUUAUUUGAGCUUGGGGGAUGUUCAUGAUAACUGGAAGAAGAAUGGUGAUACUCAUGGCUUCUACAUGAGUUUCCUGGUUGAAAAAGCUCAAGAAUUUGCCGACAAAGGAAUAUGGGAGGCUUUCAAUGCUAUUUUGGCCGCUCUGAUCUAUGGAAUUGUGAUGUUUCCCAACAUUCACAAGUUCGUUGAUUUGGCUGCUAUAUGUCUUUUUAUGGACAAGAAUCCAGUACCCACCCUAUUGGCUGACACAUAUUAUUCCAUUCACUCUCGGCAUGGUAAAAGAGGGGCUAUUAGAGGUUGCUUGCCGCUGUUAUAUAAAUGGUUCAAAUCUCACUUGCCUGCUAGUGGUCCGUUUGUUACCUCUACUCAGAAAUGGUCUCAGAGAAUCAUGGGACUUACUGCAAACGACAUCGUAUGGUAUCAAUUCCGAACAGGCAUAUCUGAAGUCAUUAUCAGGUGCGGAAACUUUGGUAACGUCCCGCUCAUUGGGACAAGAGGAUGUAUUAACUACAACCCAGUUCUAGCUCUUCGUCAGUUGGGCUAUACCAUGAAGAGUGGGCCUUCGGAUAGGGAGAUUUACCAAUCCGUAUACUUUGAAAAGGGAGCUGACCCUAUAGCGCUUGAGGAAAUCAGGAAGGCCUGGAAUAACAUUCAUAUAGGUGAGAGAUCCACUCUGGGAGCCAAGAAUGCCAUUGCUAUGGAGCCCUAUACCGAUUGGGUUAAGGAGAGAGUCAAGACACUUUUGUUACCAUUCCCGGAAGUUCCUCUCUUGUAUGCACAACCUCCGAAGAUAUCAGAAACUAUGGUAUCAAGAGAACGUUUUGACCAGGUCCGCGUCGCCAAUUUGAGACUGAAAGAGAAAGAUAGGGAUAUGGAUUUGAAGCGCUAUUUCCUUAAACAGACAAAGAAUGAACUGGCCCGUGAACUUAAAACUCUCAAAGGAGAGUCUUCUCAAGCCAGGAAGAGAGUUAGAACUGAAAAGGAAGGAAAAGCUGUUGUUGCUCCUACUGAAGACCCUCAAAAGGUUAUAGAAAAGGCUAUAAAGGAUGAAAAAGAGAAGCUCAGACAAGAGUACCAAGAAGACCUGAAAGCCCACAAGCUCCGACUGGAGAAAGAAACCAAAUAUGAGUUGAGGACCAUGAAGAAGAAACUGGAAGAGGAGACCACUCAGAGAAUAGCAUUGCUUCGAGAGUAUGUUGAUAUCUUCGCCUGGUCAUAUGAAGACAUGCCUGGUUUAGACACGGAUAUAGUUAUGCACAGGUUACCUCUCAAACCAGAAUGUCCGCCUGUAAAGCAAAAACCACGAAGAACUCGACCUGAUAUGGCUUUGAAAAUCAAGGAAGAAGUUGAAAAACAGUUGAAGGCUGGUUUCUUAUCUGUGUGUGAGUAUCCGCCUUGGAUUGCAAACAUAGUACCCGUUCCUAAGAAGGACGGAAAGGUACGCAUGUGUGUUGACUACCGAGAUUUGAAUAGGGCAAGUCCGAAGGAUGAUUUCCCUCUGCCUCAUAUUGAUGUGCUAGUCGACAACACUGCUCAGUAUUCGGUGUUCUCCUUCAUGGAUGGUUUUUCUGGCUAUAAUCAAAUAAAAAUGGCUCCUGAAGAUAUGACCAAGACUACUUUUACCACUCCGUGGGGUACGUAUUGUUAUAAGGUGAUGCCUUUUGGUCUUAAGAAUGCUGGUGCAACAUAUCAACGAGCUAUGGUGACCCUUUUCCAUGAUAUGAUCCAUAAGGAGAUUGAGGUGUACGUCGAUGAUAUGAUUGCAAAAUCCCAAACUGAGGAGGAACAUCUGGUAUACCUUGAGAAAUUGUUUGCUCGCUUGCGAAAAUUCAAGUUGAGGCUUAAUCCAAAUAAGUGCACUUUUGGAGUGCGAUCUGGAAAGUUACUUGGAUUCAUUGUGAGUCAACGAGGGAUCGAGGUCGACCCUGACAAAGUAAGAGCAAUACAGAACAUGCCAGCGCCGAAGAAUGAAAAAGAAGUUCGAGGGUUCCUUGGAAGAUUGAAUUACAUAGCCAGGUUCAUUUCUCAUCUCACUGAUACUUGUGAACCCAUCUUCAAACUGCUGCGCAAAAAUCAAGAUAUCCGUUGGGAUGAUCGUUGUCAGGAAGCCUUCGAAAAGAUCAAGCAGUAUCUCCAAGAGCCACCAAUUCUCAUGCCUCCGGUUCCUGGGAGGCCGCUUCUUAUGUACUUAACUGUGCUUGAAGGAUCUAUGGGGUGUGUGCUGGGCCAACAUGACGAGUCUGGUCGAAAAGAGUGCGCCAUUUAUUACCUGAGCAAAAAGUUUACCAAUUGUGAAUCCCGCUACUCACUACUCGAGAAAACUUGCUGUGCUUUGGUAUGGGCUGCUCGCCGACUGAGGCAGUAUAUGUUGACUCACACCACUCUAUUGAUCUCCAAAAUGGACCCGAUAAAGUACAUCUUUGAAAAACCAGCUCUUACAGGAAGGCUAGCCCGAUGGCAAAUGCUUUUAUCAGAAUACGACAUCCAUUAUGUCACACAGAAGGCUAUCAAAGGAAGUGUCCUUGCAGAUCAUCUUGCUCAUCAGCCAUUAGAAGAGUAUCAGUCAAUGAAGUUUGACUUUCCUGAUGAAGAUAUCAUGAAACUGGAUGAUAAUGAAGGACCCGAACCAGGAGAGCGAUGGACUCUCACGUUCGACGCUAGAAUAUGCUUUGAUUGCACGAACAAUGUGGCAGAAUACGAAGCUUGCAUAAUGGGUCUCGAAGCAGCCAUCGAUAUGAGAAUCAAGAUCCUUGAGGUUUAUGGGGAUUCUGCCUUGGUUAUACAUCAAGUGAGAGGUGAUUGGGAGACACGACACCCCAAUUUAGUUCCUUAUAAGGACUAUAUCUUGGAUUUGCUGCCCGCUUUCGAGGAGAUCACUUUCAAUCACAUCCCCCGAGAGGAAAAUCAAUUGGCAGAUGCUUUGGCUACUUUGGCUGCUAUGUUCAGAGUUAGCUCCCCUAAAGAAGUGCCAGACAUAACGAUCCUCCGUUACAAAGAGCCUGCCCAUGCAUUCCCUGCUCAUUGUCUCACUACCGAAGAUGUGUAUGAUGAAAAGCCAUGGUAUUACGACAUCAAGAGGUACUUUGAGAAGCAAGAGUAUCCCGAAGAUGCUACGAUUGGUGAUAAGCGAACGCUUCGAAGGUUAGCAUCCAAAUUCUUCUUGUCAGGAGACGUCCUGUACAAAAGAAACUAUGAUUCAGUUUUGCUCAGAUGCGUGGAUAGACACGAAGCAGAAUUGAUCAUGCGGGAAAUUCAUGAAGGAUCUUUUGGCACUCAUUCCAAUGGACAUUCUAUGGCCAAAAAGAUCUUACGAGCAGGAUAUUAUUGGAUGACGAUUGAAAGUGAUUGUUCUUGGCCCUUUGCUAUGUGGGGCAUAGACAUGAUCGGACGGAUAGAGCCGCAAGCUUCGAAUGGACACAUAUUUAUUCUUGUUGCUAUCGACUACUUCACCAAAUGGGUUGAAGCUGCUUCUUACAAGAAUGUAACCAAGCAAGUCGUUACUCGCUUCAUCAAGAAAGAGAUCAUAUGCCGAUAUGGGGUUCCAAACAAGAUCAUCACUGAUAAUGGGUCUAAUCUUAAUAACAAAAUGAUGGCAGAGUUGUGUGAAGAGUUCAAGAUUGAACAUCAUAAUUCAUCACCCUAUCGGCCAAAGAUGAAUGGCGCAGUCGAAGCUGCUAACAAGAAUAUAAAGAAGAUUCUUGUCUACGGUAUGGAGGCCGUAUUACCUGUCGAAGUGGAAAUUCCUUCGUUGAGAGUCUUGAUGGACGCCAAACUCGAUGAAACAGAAUGGGUUCAAACGAGGCUUGAUCAUCUCAAUCUAAUUGAGGAGAAACGCUUAUCUGCUAUCUGCCAUGGCCAGUUGUAUCAAAAGAGGAUCAAGAAAGCGUAUGACAAGAAAAUUCGGCCUCGAGAAUUCCACACAGGUGACCUAGUCGUAAGGAAGAUCUUGCCAAUUCACACCGAUCCAAGGGGCAAAUGGACUCCCAACUAUGAGGGACCAUACAUUGUGAAGAAAGCAUUUUCAGGUGGUGCUUUAAUCUUGACAAAGAUGGAUGGGGAAGACGUUCCGCUUCCAGUCAAUUCAGACUCAGUCAAAAAA